AUGAAUCCAGGGCCUGUAGAUGAUGUGUGGGGUCUUUGGGGAUAUUGGACAGAGUGUACCUCAACAUGCGACUCUGGAAUUCAUAAACGAUACCGAAACUGCAAUGCACAAGACUCAACAGAUUGUCUUGGAGAUUACAUAGAGACUGAAGUGUGCGUAAAAACUGCUUGUCCAGGACAUGCGCAGUGUGUAGUUGAUGUGCAAUUUGAACAUCUAAAGAUUAAAUUCCGUAGAAAAAUUACAACAGCUAGCCGAUGUUAUAGAGAAAUCGUCUACAACAAACAGCGCUUGUUUGGGAAGUGGACAACGUGGGCAUCUUGGGAAAGUUGUGAUAGGACCUGUGGCAGUGGUACUCAGUCAAGAAGGCGAUCUUGUUCUAAGAUUGAUUCAUCUGACAUUAACUGUAUUGGUUUAAGUUUACAAAAUAAAGCAUGCGCUGAAUGGGAAUGUCCAGAUUGUAGCAAAGCAUGCAUCGUCGGAACAUUAAACGAUGACUGUGAUACAUGUGAGUGUGGCGGUGAAGUAAUAAAUGGUAGGGUGUGCGUUGUCGAUACAGGGAACCCAAUAGGCAAUGCCAAAUUUUUUUCAAGUACAGCACCGACCAAACUUCUGGGCAAAGCAACUCAACUGGUUUCUUUACACUGGAAAAUUUGUGUGCGCAAACACGGAAUUAUUAGUAACUAG